GGACAGCUCUUGUGACCUCCUGCCCCAGGACUCCGGCACCAUGACUGUUUCAUACACCCUCAAAGUGGCAGAGGCCCGCUUCGGAGGCUUCUCUGGUCUGCUUCUCCGCUGGAGGGGAAGCAUCUACAAGCUUCUCUAUAAGGAGUUCCUCCUCUUCAUUGCCCUGUAUGCUCUGCUCAGCAUCACCUACCGGCUGCUGCUGACCCAGGAGCAGAAGCAUGUGUAUGCUCAGGUGGCCCGAUACUGCAACCGCUCGGCAGAGCUCAUCCCCUUGUCCUUUGUACUGGGCUUCUACGUGACUCUGGUGGUGAACCGCUGGUGGGCCCAGUACACAAGCAUCCCGCUGCCGGAUCAGCUGAUGUGUGUCAUCACCGCCAGCGUGCACGGAGAGGACGAGCGCGGCCGCCUGCUGCGCCGCACCCUCAUCCGCUACGCCAACCUGGCCUCGGUGCUGGUGCUGCGCUCGGUCAGCACCCGCGUGCUCAAGCGCUUCCCCACCAUAGAGCACGUGGUGGACGCAGGUUUCAUGUCCCAGGCAGAGAAGAAAAAGUUUGAGAGCCUGAAAUCCGACUUCAACAAAUACUGGGUCCCCUGCGUCUGGUUCACUAACCUGGCGGCGCAGGCCCGGCGGGACGGGCGAAUCCGUGACGACAUCGCUCUCUGCCUGCUUCUGGAAGAGCUGAACAAGUACCGGGCGAAGUGCAGCAUGCUUUUCCACUAUGACUGGAUCAGCAUUCCCCUCGUCUACACCCAAGUGGUGACCAUAGCAGUGUACUCCUUCUUUGCCUUGUCCCUGGUUGGCCGCCAGUUUGUGGAGCCAGAGGCAGGGGCUGCCAAACCUCAGGAGUCUCUUCCAGACCAGGAGUCAGCACCAGCCCUAGGGGACCUGGACAUGUAUGUGCCUCUCACCACCCUGCUGCAGUUCUUCUUCUAUGCUGGCUGGCUCAAGGUGGCUGAACAAAUCAUCAACCCCUUUGGCGAGGAUGACGACGACUUUGAGACUAACCAGCUUAUAGACCGCAACUUGCAGGUCUCCCUGCUGUCUGUGGAUGACAUGUACCAGAACCUGCCUCCUGCUGAGAAGGACGCCUACUGGGAUGAGGAUGCAGCCCAGCCGCCCUAUACGGUGGCCACGGUGGCCGAGUCGCUGCGGCCUUCUUUCCUGGGCUCCACCUUCAACCUGCGCAUGACCGACGACCCUGAGCAGAGCCUGCAGGUGGAGGCGUCCCCUGGGUUGGCUCGGCCAGCGCAGACCCCGCUGCUCGGUCGUUUCCUGGGCGCAGGAGCGCCCUCUCCCGCCAUCAGCCUCCGGAACUUCGGCCGUGCACGAGGAGCCCCCCGGACCCCUCAUCUGCCGCGCUUUCGGGUCGAGGAGGGCGGCGACCCCGAGGCCGCGGACCGCAUCGAGGAGGAGGCUGCCGAGUCAGAGGAUGAGGCCGGGGAGCCGUGAG